UAUCAUUUACUUAACGUAUCGGUCGAGGAGUCGUUGCAAUUAAAUUUGACGGCCGCUGUAAGUGUGGGUCCGCACAGAACCUGUAGACAUGUGUUUAGAGAUUUAAAAAAAUUGUGGAGAUUUGGCACAAAAGUUGAGUUCAAUUUUGAAUGUGACGCCAACUCUGACGCCGAUUACAAAGAAGAUCUCCGCAAUCCAUCCAAUGAGAUCAUAAUCGAGACAAAGAGCUCAAAACCAAUCGCUUAUAAGUUAAUAAUGGUGUUAUUGGGUGAGGCCUAUCACAUCCCUAUUACUAAUCAAGCUAUUUGUGGCGAACCGCAAGAACCAUACGGUCUGGUCACCCGAAUCCUUUGGCCAGAUAUCAAUUAUACGAUUCAAUGUCUUGAAAGCUGGGAUUACGUGUCCGAAAGUAAUCCCGAUUUGCCCGAUACGACAAUACAUAAGAGACAGUGUGCUUAUGACAUGAGAUGGAAGGGCACAUACCCUUCAUGUGUGCCUAAAACUGUGUGUCCCAUACCUGAAGGUGAAGACAAUCAAAUCAAUCCCGAGUUUACAACUGUCCGCUUCAAUGAUGUAUUUUAUUUUAAUCAAACCAAAUGGUAUGCCAUCGACGGCACGACUGUUCAAUACCAGUGCAAUAGUCCUCAAACCGAAGUCCUAUUAGGAGAUGCCAUACAUGUCUGCAAAGAUGGACAAUGGAUUGGAACUCAACCCAAUUGCUUCGAUUUGUCUGAUUUGAAAGUCAGAAAAGUGAAGAAUAGGGCUUCAGAUGUGGAAGAAUUGACUGAAAACAAAUAAUUUCAGCGUUUUAUAUAUCAUGAAAUUACAAACAAUUUAAGCAUUAAUU